AUGCCAAAGCUCACUACGAACGCCAUACCUAAAGAUAUGUGCCCAGAGCUCCCUCAGGGUGCUAUUGUCAAGAGUUGCCGUGGCCACGGUGCUAGUAAUUGGAACCGGACCGCUCGUCUCGAUUUCGAAAUAGAAGGUCAGACUCGUUCGUAUUUUCUCAAGAUCUUGACUGGUCCUAAAGGAUGCCCCAUGGUACAUGGGGAAUAUGAAUCCAUGCGACUUAUACACGAGUCCGUCCCCAAGUUUUCGCCAAUGCCUCUGGCCUGGGGCUCGUGCGCCGACCCGACCCAGCACUUCAUCCUUUUUACAUUUCACGAACUCUCGCAAGGGCUACCGCCCAUUCCUCAGUUCGUGAAUGCUGUGGCCCAGCUUCACACAGUUAAGCGUAACCCAAGUGGUAAGUUUGGUUUCCACAUCACCACGUACAACGGAACCCUUGCGCAAGACAAUACCUGGUGUGACACUUGGGAAGAGUUCUAUGUGAAGGGGAUGGAGAGAAUUCUGGGGUUGGAGGAGGAGGCCCGAGGGCCAAGCAGUGAACUACGAAAGAUUUUAGUUCCCUUCCUGUCUAAGGCAGGAAACUCUGAUCCUCUGAUGUUUGAUGCGUCUGCAUUCUGGGGCCACAAUGAAUAUGAGCUGAGCACCAUGCGACCACUGAGCAAUGAAUGGGCCAGAGAAUGUGUGGAGAGCUAUCAUGCACUUAUUCCCAAAUCGGAGCCAAUCGAAGAUUGGGAUGCUCGUAAUUCGCUUUACGCAAUCCGUACUUAUGCGCAUGAUUCAGCGCUCUACCCAGACGAGCCCAAGUUCAGGGGAAAACUCAUGGAAGAAAUGCAGAACCUUGUUGCCCAAUUUGCCGAGGAUCACAACGAAGCGAGGGGUUGA